UUAUUAAAUUGAUGAAUUUUUCAUCAGCCAACGAUAAUAUUUUUUCAAAUGACGAUAAUGAUGAUAUCGAUGAUGGUGAUGAUGAUGUUUUUCAUUCAUAUGAAAUACCAAAUCUACUGCCAAAUUGUCAGAAUCGUCCCAAUGUUGCUGAUCAUGAUAAUGAUGAUGUUAGAAAUUAUCUAAUUGCAGCAACAUUAAAUGGUAAAAUCAGCAUCAUAAAUGCUGUAUGGGGAACAAUAAAAUGGACAAAACAAAUACAAACAAAACCAUUAAUAUCAUCAAAUAUUGGAAAUGUAAUGAAAAUACAUAAUAAUUUUGGUGAAUUAAUGCAAAUAUUACCAUCAUUGGAUGGUAAUCUUUAUGUUUAUCAUGGUGAUACUAUCAAAAAAACACAAUUUUCAGCCGAAAAAUUAUUGAAAAAUUCAUUUAAAUUUAAUGAUAAUAUUAUGCUGGCUGGUGGUCAGGAAAGUAAACUUAUUGGUAUAAAUAUAAAUAAUGGUGAUAUUCUUUAUGAUUGUGGUCAUUCCGGUUGUCAACGUGAUAAUGAAUCCACUAUUUCAAUGGAAAAUAUUAUUUUAUUAAGAAAAAAUUCACAAUCAGUUCGAGCUAUAAAUACAAUGACUGGUAAUGAAGAAUGGCAUUUUGUUGUUGAUGAUCCACAAAUUAUUGAAAUUGGUACGAAUGAAUGUCAUCAACAACAUUAUAAUAGUACGACUGACUCAUCACCAUAUACAAUAAAAUUUAAAGUAAUGUUACCAAAUGGUCGUAUAACAUCAUUAGUACAUUUUUCAAAUGAUUCAUCGCAAAGUGAAAUAUUUAAUACAUGGACAAUUAGUUUAGAUUCACCAAUUGUUAAUAUGUGGCAUUGGCAAAAUGAACAAUUGAUAAAAGUAAAUUUAUUUGAUCCACAGAUAAAUAAUUUUGAUGCUUUUUUAUCGAAAACAAAUCAAAAUCAUCGAAUACCAUCAACAUCAUCAUCAUAUUUAUAUCUUGGUUCAUAUGAAAAUAAUUAUUAUAUUCAAACAUCAAAUUCAGUUAAUGAUGAUCAGAAUCAAUUAAUACCAUAUUAUGAUGAAACGAAAAAAAUUCCCGAACGACGUAAACAAACAUUUAUUGCUAUUGAAGAUAAGAAAGAUGCUCAAGAUAAUGAUAAAUCGAAUACACAGCUGCAAGUAAAACAACAGCAACAACAAAGAAAAUUUUCAUUUCUUCAUACCCGAUCGGGUAAUGAUAAUGAUAGUAAUGCAACAGGUUAUCUUGUUUUACAUUAUGAUGAUGAUAAUGAUGAAAAAUGUCCAUCAUUUGAUGAUGGCAAUGAUGAUUAUGAUGAUGAUGAUGAUAAUACAAUCACUGUAAUUGUUUAUGCACAAUUAAGUUAUUAUUGGAAAGAAAUUCUUUGUCUUUGUAUGAUUUUCAGUGCAGCAACUAAUACUUUAUGGUGUUUAUUGAAAAAAUAUUGGUCAUUAAUUUUUUCAACUAGAAAUAUUGAUGAUGAUGAUUUAUCGGAAUCGCUGAUUGAUGGAAAUUGUUUUCUAUCAUGUCAAACAUCAACACCACAGCCAAUGAUUAUUGGUGAAGAGAAAUCUAUUUCAAAAGAUGAUUCAACAAAUCAACAACAACAACAACCAGCAAUAACAAAUUCAUAUAAUUCAAGAUAUCUUGAAGAUUUUGAACAACUUAGCCUACUUGGUAAAGGUGGUUUUGGUUGGGUAUUCGAAGCUAAACAUAAAAUUGAUGAAAGUCAUUAUGCUGUUAAACGUAUAUCGAUACCAGCGAUUGAAGAAAAACGUCAUCGUUUUAUGAGGGAAAUUCGUGCCCUUUCGAAAUUGGAUCAUGUUAAUAUUGUACGUUAUUAUAAUGCAUGGGUUGAACAACCACCAUUUGGUUGGCAAGAACAACAAGAUCGUCUUAAUAAUCAAUAUGAUUUUUCAGUAAAUUCAUCAAUUCCCACAACAACAACGGCAACACAUUCAAUAUAUUCACCAGUGAAUUCUUUAAUGGUAAAAUCUACUAAUGAUAUCAACGAUGAUAGUUUGGUUAUUGAUGAGAAAAAUGAUGAUGAUUCAUUGGAGAUUGUAUUUGAAGAAAUUUCCAAUGAUAAUAAUUCAAUGAAAAUUAUUCUGGAUAAGGAUCGUGCAAAUGAAGAGAUAAAAUCAUCAAAACAAAUGAAUGGUGGUGGUGUUUAUCAUAGUGAAACAAAGAAAAAAAUGAUGAUGGUUACAAAAUCAAAACCACAACAACGACAAAAAGUGCCAAAAGCAUUUAUGUAUAUACAAAUGCAACUGUGUAAAAAAGAAACAUUAAAAGAUUGGUUAUUUCAGAAUACAAAACGUAAAAAAUCUGAAAUGAUUGAUAUAUUUAUACAAUUACUUAAAGCUGUUAAUUAUGUUCAUAAUAAUAAUCUUAUUCAUCGUGAUUUAAAGCCAUCAAAUAUAUUCUUUUCGAUGGAUGGCCUAGUGAAAAUUGGUGAUUUUGGCCUUGUCACAACUAUUGUUGAUGAAGAUGAACAUUGUGAUCAAUUUGAAACAAAUUCAUCAUCAUCAUCAUUACGAAAACAUCAUCUUAAACAUACUAAUCGUGUUGGUACACAAUUAUAUAUGAGCCCUGAACAAAUAAAAAAUCAACCAUAUGAUCAUAAAGUAGAUAUAUUUUCAAUGGGUAUUAUAUUAUAUGAAUUAUUAAUGCCAUUCCAUACGGAAUCCGAAAGAAUUCAUCAAUUACAAAAUGUAAGAAGGAAAUUAUUUCCAAAUGAAUUUGAUAAAGAAUAUCCGGAAGAGAAAAAAAUUAUACAAAAAAUGAUGGCCGAUUCACCGAAAAAUCGUCCCGAAUCAAUGGAUCUUUUAACGAAUGAUUUAUUUUCACAUUGAAUGUUUGAAACGGAUAAUGAUGAUGAUUGGAACAGACAAAUGACAUCAGUAUUUGUUAAUAAUAAUCAUCAUGUUGUAUAUAA